CCUCCUUUCAGUUGCUUUUGACAGCCCGAGUGGAAGAAAUUCAGUGCCGAAAAUGUACAGAUUUACAAACCAUUUAACAAAUCCCAAUUUAGUUUUGGUUAGAAAACAAAUAGGCGACGGAUCAUGCGCUGCACUGAUAGUGAUGCGGUCGCCGCGUCGGCAAUACGCUCAGCAAGAGAGGUGCCCCCCGAAUGAGAAGAAGCCAAAAUCCAGGAAAUUGUUCUGGGGGACUGUUGGUGCUACUGUAUUGACUGGCGCGGCGGUUGUUUAUGCUAAAUCAAGCCCUGAUGCUCGUAAUUGGCUAGAAUCAAAUGCACCAUGGGCAAAUGACUUCGUAGCACUCGUAUACCAGGAGAACACAACAUAUUGGAGCUCCACUGUCAACCAGUUGAGCAAAGCAUCCAGUUAUGUCAGCAACUUCUUAUUUGGGAAGGAAGGUGUAUCCCCACUAGAUUUCAAACAGAGGUCAGAGCAAGACCUGGAAAAAGAUGCAGCUAAGAUCUUUUCUAGCAAAACAUACGAAUUACCACCGCCGCAACUCGAACCAUUGUAUGUUGAAGAGAAGAAGCUGGACACGCCCGAAGUUGAAACACCAGCUACGGUAAUACAGACAGAAAAGUGCGAGCCUCAACAGCCGACCGUCAUAAGGAUAACCAAAGACAUGGUAGAGUUGGAGCAUGACAUGCACGAGAACACAAAACUAGCCAUAGACAACUACAAGAAGGCCUUACAAUACUGCGCCGACUACAAUAAAGCUUUGUAUAAGGUUGUGGAAUCAUCUCUGAGCGAUUUGGACAAGAAGCACUUCAUGGCGCUGCAGGGCGCGCGCAACGAACGUGACGCUUACCUCGCGAAGGCUAAGGACGCCUCUGCUAAGGCCAAGUGUGCUAUCGAGACCCUGGACCGUAUGAUAAAAGCGGGCGUGCAAGCGCCGCCAGAAAGUAUCGCGGCUACAAACAGAUACAUCAAGCAAUUCCGUGCAGACCUCAGCGACGUUGAAAACCAGUUCAAGGAGUGCGCGAGGGAAUCUGUGCUGAGUGACAGGUACUGGAACAAGGUGGACGAAGCCCGAAAAGCAUAUAAGGAAGAGCUGCAAAUGUUGUUCCCUGGACUGGACCUCAGUUCUCGACAACUGGAUAUCAAAGGAGAUACGGACCUUCUGUUGAUGUAUACUUUGAAACAGAUUCAACACUUGCAAAAUGAAAUUGCAGAACUUCAAACAAUAAGGGAAUUGAAAAUAAACAGGGCAAUCGAAUGUCAUGACGAGAAAGCCAUCAUUGAAGCGAAAGUGGAAGACAUGAUCAAAAGAGAGAGAUUAGCAAAGGAGAGAGAAUUCCAAAUAAAGAGUUUGGAAGUUCAAGCGGAAGCGAAUAAAAAGCUGAAGGAACAGAUGAAGAAGCAGUUCGAAAUUCAACAAGAGGUUAUACAGGACAGGCUCGCUCAAAAGGAAAAAGAGGUAAUGGGCAGAUUCAGUCGCUCGGUGUCUGAGCAAGUGGAGAAAGAGCGAGUGACGUUCAAGAAGGAACUCGCCGCCAUGGCGGGGAAACUACAGGCGAUCGAACAGACGCUCAAACAGAGAGCGAAAGCGGAAGCGGAAGCGCGUCGCUCACAGUCUCUAUGGGCGGCCGCGGAGGCGUUGCACGCCGCAACCAGGCGGAAUACCCCCGAAACUAAACUAGACAACGAGAUCAAGGCGCUGGAGACCGCUGGUAAAGACGACAAACUAGUACAAACAGUAUUAAAAGGCAUCAACCCUGAAGUACGAGAGAAGGGUAUAGUCACAGAAAAGACCCUAAGGGAUAGAUUCGAUACGGUGGAGAAGACAGCCGCCAAAGUGGCCUUAGUCGGACGUGAAGGCGCCUCUCUACCUGUCUACUUCCUGUCAUGGCUUCAAUCCAAACUAAUAUUCCAGAAGUUGGCGGAAAUCCCUAAAGAUGAGCUAGAUAAUCAACCAACAGACUUUUCCAAGUUGGACACCUUUGACAUAAUUCAACGAGCCAGGUAUCACAUGGACCACGGCAACCUUUCAAUAGCUUUACGUUAUGUAAACCUUCUGCAAGGCGCUCCCAGAGCCAUAGCAAAACCGUGGUCGGACGCCGCGCGCCGCCAUCUUGAAAUCAAACAAGCCGCCGAAGCUGUCAUGGCGCACGCAUCCGUUUCCGGAUUAUUGUACCUCUAGUCUGACAGUUCCGGAAAUUGAUAUCGAGUCGAAACACACUCGUAUAUGGGUUUUAAUUAAUGACAUUUAAAAUUAAUGAUACAGACAUUAUGGCUUAUUUGUUUUCGAGCAAAAAUCGCAAAUAAAAUUAAAAAAAAGAAGGAAACGUUUUAGUUGGAAUUUAGUUUUAAUUUACAACAUAAUCACCACACUGAACUGUCAAAAACAAUAAUUGGCGCUCAAAUGAUCAAAUUAAAUAAUACCAAAUUAUUGGUCAAAAGAUAAAGGAUUAUUACGAAAUUUUUUAAGAUCCUUCGGCUAGAAAAAUUAAAGGACACGUGUUUCCGGAUUAUUGUUACCCGUAGUCUGACAUUUCCGGAAAUUGAUAUUGAAUCGGAACAUAUUCGUAUCUUCAUUAAUCAUUCAUUAAUGGUACUUAAAAUAAACGUGAGUUAUUUUACUAUCGUUCAUAUGCUAUCGAUCAAAGAUCGCAGAUAAAAUUAAAAUAAUAAACGUUUUUGAUGGAAUUUGGUUUUGAUUUAUACCAUAAUUUAUAGUAAAUAAUAAUAAUUGGCGCCCAAAUUAUCUAAUUAAAUAAUAAUAUGAAACGAUUGGUCGAAACUUUAUCUCAAUUAAGAAUUAUUUAUUGCAUCUUGAAAUGUAAUAAGAUUCUGGAGCUAGAAAAAUUUAUAUGACGAUGUUUUCCGGAUUUAUUGUACCUCUAGUCUGGCAUUUCCAGAAAUCGAUAAGGAAUCGAUCAAUUUUACAUCGAAUGAUAACGUCACUAAUUAAAGUAAAUCGAGUAAUAUUCACUAAUCGAGUAGAGUCACUACUUAAAGUAAAUUUAAGAAAAUUAUUACUGCUUCUUCUGAAUGGAAAUCGCAGAUUAAA